UGGCAAACAAGAUUUAGCAGCAGCUGUCCUGCAGCUUACUGUACACAUUCGGAGACGCAGGACAGCAGGGCCCAGCCAGCAGCUGCAGCCUGAGCUCUCUGCAGACCGCCUAGCCAUCCUGAACAAUGCUGCUCUCCCUGUGCACUUGUCUCCUGUGGCUGUCCACCAGUGGCCUCUUGACUGUCCAGGCUGAGGACCCCAAUGCUGACGUGAACACAAGGAGCCAGCACCGGAACCUGGCUUCAAACAAUGUUGACUUUGCCUUUGGCCUGUAUAAGCACCUAGUGGCCUCAGCUCCUGGCAAGAACAUCUUCAUCUCUCCCGUGAGCAUUUCCAUGGCCUUGGCUAUGCUUUCUCUGGGUGCCCGUGGCACCACAAGGGCCCAGCUUCUCCAAGGUCUGGGCUUCAACCUCAUUGAGAAGUCCGAGGCCGAGAUCCACCAGAGCUUCCAGUACCUCCGUCGCCUCUUCAGUGAGUCAGACACCAUCAUGGGCAAUGCCUUGUUCCUCAACCAGAGCCUGGAGCUUCUAGAGUCAUUCUCAGCAGAUGCCAAGCUUUACUAUGAGUUGGACACCUUGGCUAUAGACCAGGACUGGGCCAAAGCCAGUAAGCAAAUCAAUGACUAUAUCAAGAAUAAGACACAAGGGAAAAUCGUGGACUUGAUCUCGGAGUUGGAUAGCCCUGCCAUGCUUAUCCUGGUCAACUACAUCUUCCUCAAAGGCACCUGGGUACACCCCUUCGACCUGAACAGCACCAGGGAGGAGAACUUCUACGUGAACGAAACGACCCUGGUGAAGGUGCCCAUGAUGUUCCAGUCAAGCAAGAUCAAGUACCUUAACGACUCGGUGCUCCCCUGCCAGCUGGUGCAGCUGGACUACACGGGCAACGAGACGGCGUUCUUCAUCCUCCCACACAAGGGGGAGAUAGACACCAUCAUCAACGCGCUGAGCCGUGAUACCGUCCAGAGGUGGUCCGAAGCCCUGGUCAGCAGCCAAGUGGACCUGCACAUCCCGAAGGUCUCCAUCUCCGGAGCCUACGACCUUAAGGGCCUCCUGGGGAACAUGGGCAUUGGAGACGUGUUCGGCACCCAGGCCAAUUUCUCAGGCAUCACCCGAGAUGCCCAGCUGAAGUUGUCAAAGGUGGUCCACAAGGCCGUGCUGCAACUCCGCGAGAAGGGUGUGAGGGCAGCUGCCCCCACUGGAGUCGCCAGAAACGUUACGUCUGAGCCUCUUACCAUAUACUUCAACCGGCCCUUCAUUGCCAUGGUCUUUGACAACUUCACAUGGAGCAGCCUUUUCCUGGUCAAGGUUGUGAAUCCCAAGAGAGACAGCACAGUCUGACUUUAGGCACCAGGGGCCCCACAGAAGGGAUGUGUGGGGUGGAAGAGUCCCCCCAGGCUUCUCCUGGUUCUUCUCUGUAAACUUGCAUUGCAACCGAUGACAGUAUGUUGAAGGAGAAAGGUGGGACAACUGACAAUAUGUGAAUAAUAUCCAUAUAAUAUAGUACCAAUGUAAUCUCUGUUUUUGAUCAUUUGUACUAUAGUUACAUAAUAAUAUGUGGAAGCUGGGUGAAGGAUAUAUAAAACACUAUUAUUUUUGAAAAAUUUUUAAAAUGUUUGAAUUUAUUUCUGAAUAAAAACUUUAAAAAGAAGAAAUCAGGUAAGCCAAAGUACAACAGGAAGACAUUUUUAAAGCGCUAGGCAAAAAAUGUCAUAUCUUUCAAAAAGAAAAAAAAAAGGAAAGCAAAAAACAAGCCUUCAAAAACAAAGGCAAAAAUAAACAUUUUUCCAAGACAAACAAAAGCUGAGAAACUGUAUCACUUUCAUGAAAAAAAAAUGUUUAAGUAGUACUUUAAGCAGAAAAAAAGAUGAUUCUAGAUGAAAAUUUGGACCUAUAUGGAAGAAUGAAGAGUACUGCAAAUGGUAAAUAC